GAGGCAUUAUAAGGUUUGCUUGAGGCAAAGUUUCAUAGUAAUGAUCAAAACAUUGCAUCACUCCAGCAGAGUCAUGUUUGGAGAAUAGAAACAGAAAGUAAAUAAAAGAAGGAGAAACGAAUCUCAAACAACGGUGACGUCACUGCUGAGGGAGCCUAUAAAACCUGCUGUGAGCUGAAACGUGCAGCACAUCUACAGCUGAGCAUCUGUUUACGUGCACCGUCUGAAGACUUUAAGUUUUUCACCGACUCGAGAAGUGAUCACAAGGCCACUAUCAUGGAUAUAAGAAUAAUUAUGCUGAACGGGACUUCCCUGAGCCUGAGCGUGCAUCCGGACUCUACGGUGGGAUCUCUGAAAACACUCAUCCAUCAGAAACUGGGAUUUGCACCUGAGAGCCAGAAGCUGACCUUCGUCAACGGGCAGAUGACGACUCUCAGCGACGACUCCAAGACCAUCCGCUCCUACGGUCUGCACUCCGGCUGCCAGGUGUCUCUGCUGGUGACCCAGCCGGCUCCCAUCCAGGUGUUCCUCAGAAAAGACGGGGCGACAAAGACCUAUGAAAUUAAACCCGACGAGACUGUCAGCAACUUCAGGCGCAGGGUCGAGAGCAGAGAGAAGGUCCAGAACGACCAGUUCAGACUGGUGCAUGAGGGCAGAGAUAUGAUGGAUGGUAAACUGGCAGACUACAACGUCAGAGAACAUAGUACCAUCGACAUGACUCUGCGUCUGAGAGGGGGCUGAGGACACUUCACCUUGCUGAUGUAUGAGAGGGUUAAUAUAUAUUAUUUAAUUCUGAGUGAAUGAGGACCAAAUAACUUGUUUAUUUACUCUUAUUGUUACUUUUGAAAAAACAAUGCUUAGUCGAUCAAUAAGGUGUAUGUGUUAAAAAACAUGUUUUACUGUCUGUGUAGUUUUGUUUUGACAAUACAAGGAACAAUUUUUACCGUUUUAAAUGGACAAUAACAACAUGGUUUGAUUAUGUUAACUGAGAACUGUUACAAAAAAUAAAUAAAUCCCCAAAUGUGAA